GUCACAAUGACAACAUCUAUCGUGCGAACAAAGUCCGGCGCUGUCAAGGGCAUCGCGAAACAAACAGAAUUAGGCAAGAAUUAUGUCUCUUUUCAGCACAUUCCAUACGCCCAGGAGCCAACAGGUGCCCUACGUUUUCGUGAUCCUCGACCAGUGACUCCCUGGAACGACAUUCUCGAUUGCACGAAGGAAGGUUCACCUGCCAGAGCCUUUGAUUUAUUUGUGCCAGAUGGUCCAAAAAUCGUUGGAUCCGAUAAUUGCUUAGGAGUGAACAUUUUCACGCCAGAUCUGCAUCCCGCAAAACCUCUUCCGGUCUUCGUUUGGAUUCACGGCGGUGGAUUCACUUUGGGAAGUAGCAGUUUGAUGUUUUACGGCCCGGAUUACCUCGUUGAGAAAGAUGUCAUUUGCGUUUCGUUCAAUUAUCGCCUCGGAAUUUUCGGAUUUCUCUCGUUGAAGGAUCCGAAAGUCGGAGUUCCGGGAAAUGCCGGGUUGAAAGAUCAAACGAUGGCUUUGAGAUGGAUUAAGGAGAAUAUUUCGUACUUCGGAGGGGAUCCAGAUAAUAUAACGGUGACGGGAGAGAGUGCUGGAGGAGCUUCCGUUCAUUAUCACAUGAUAUCGCCACUGUCUGAGGGACUUUUUCAUCGGGCGAUUUCAUUUUCGGGCUCUGCGUUUAAUCCAUGGGCUAGUGCAAGUCAAAAUUACCCGAAAUAUUUGAAGAAAUUGAUCGUUCAACUGGGAUUGAAGGAAGAUGCGGACGAUAAAUCCAUUCUUGAGGCCAUGAAUAACAUGGAUCCCGUUAAAUUACUCGAGCUGGACCAGAAAUUGAUUGAUUUUAACGAUGGUGUCUUAGGGAAUGAACUAAUGUCAAUUUUCAUCCCGCAAACCGAACCUUAUGUCUCGGAAAUGUGUUUCCUCCCAAAAUCCAUCCUCGAAUUGGGCCGCAAUCCAUGGAGCAAAGACUUGGAUGUCAUUUUCGGUGGAACUGCCAACGAGGGUAUGAUGCAAUACAUGCUUGCAGAAAGAAAUCCUCAUCUAGAAAUGUUUUUGGAAGACCCUACGUUGCUCAUUAAGCCAGAAAUUCGUGAAAAAUUAACCCACGAAGAAGCAGUUUCCAAAGGUCAAGCACUCAAAUCACUAUACUUCGUGAACGACGAUCUCACCGAGUGCUUUGUCGAGUACUCGUCGGAGCGUCUAUUCUGGCACGGAAUUCAUCGCGCAAUUAUGCAACGUCAAGUCGGCAACGGUAAAGGUCGCACGUUCGUGUAUUAUCUUAACAUUGAACCAUCUGUCGAUACACCCGGGUAUUACGAAUUCUGUCGGAAACUCUCGAAAAUUCCACAUAUGAAGGGAAUGAGUCAUGGCGAAGAUUUGCCACUUUAUUUCAAAACGAGUUUUGCACCAAGAUUCAAGCCAGGAGACGACAUUUAUCCCGCGCAACAAGCAUUUUUGACUUUUAUCACGGAUUUUGCGAAAAAUGGAAAGCCCAAUGGAUGGACACCACUGGAAAAAGGCGAAACGAAAAAUGUUAAGGCAAUGGAAAUUGAUCAAAAAUCACACGAAAUGCGAGAUUUGAAGAAUUUACACAAAAUUAGGGUUUGGGACUCGUUGUACGAUCCAAAAGAAUUGAUCUAAAAUGACUUUUUAUUGGAAAAGAUGACCGAAUAAUGUAAUAAAUUCAUUUUUUAAAACACAGAAUGAAAAUAAAUAAUGGGAUUUUCUAUGAAU